ACCUCAUUCCCUGAAAAUGUACACCCAUGCAAAGUCCUUCUCUACCCCCUUCUUGGUCAGGAGCACUACUCAGCUGUUGAGCGGAUCACUGUCUGCAGUGGUGCUAAAACCACCAGAGACACUGACAGAUAAGAGCCUCAGCAGCUUGGCAACCCCAUGUCCCCUGAUCUCAUUUACUCCUAGCUACAGCUUCCAAACCAGUGCCAUUUCAAGGGACAUUGAUAUAGCAGCCAAGUUCACAGGGGCUGGGUCUGCCUUGGUAAUAGUGGCUGGUUCUGUGACUGUGACUGUGACUGUGACCGUGUUUGGAAUCCUCAUCAUUGGUUAUGCCAGGAAUCUUUCUCUGAAGCAACAGCUCUUCUCCUAUGCCAUUCUGGGCUUUACUCUUUCGGAGGUCAUGGGGCUCUUUUGCCUGAUGGUGGCCUUUCUCAUCCUCUUUGCCAUGUGAAGGAGCUUUCUCCACCUCCCAUAGGUCUUUUUCCCAUGUCUUG